AUGAACGCUCCUCUGUACAUUGACCCGUGCCAGGAGACCAAUAGUGGAGGGAAGUAUAGUCAGUACUUUGUAGAUUUCUCUAAAUUUCCUGUGUAUUUCAAUACACCCAAAGAAGCAUGAGAUACUUACAAUGGAUUAGGCCUGAGCAAGAAGAUCCACUUUAAGAAAUACAAUAUCAAGCGAAAUGAGAAUGACUUCGUGACUGGCUUCACCCUUUGCUGCCAUAAGAAGAACAUCAAAAAUAAAGCGAUGGGCAAUGUAGACGAAAACGGCAACCCUAUUGAAGGAGGAGACUGCCCAGUUAUGGUAAAAUUUGCAUGGGAUCUCCAGAGACAAUGAUACGUUAGAGUCUGUAGCCCAGUUAUGAAACAUAACCAUAAGCCAGAGAUCAAAAAUCGGCUGAUGAUGACCAACUCUACUGUCAGAAAUGAGGUCAAAUGUUUGGUAAAAGCUGGUUUGAGCUCUGCAACAAUUGCAAGUAUCAUGAGUCAUAAGUACCAGACUACAUUCCAAUACGGGUUCAUUUAUCAGCAAGCAAGGAGGAUCAAAUUUGGCAACCUCCAUGAUAGAGAUAUUAGCGAUGCUGAAAAGAUUAUCUGCAUGCUCGAAGAGCUCAAGGCUCAGGAUCCAGAUACAGACUGGCUCUGAGAGUACGAAAAAGAUGGAUACCCACAUGACCUGAAUAAAAUCAUAGUCAUGACUGGUAAAAUGAAAAGAUUUUACUUGAAAUAUCAUGAUGUAGUCUUCAUGGAUGCAACAUACAAGACUAAUAAGCAUGACAUGGCCCUGACUAUCUUCUCUGGAGUCAACUGAGAUGGCAGGAAUACAGUCUUGGGAUAUGCCCUGGUAAAAAAAGAAACAGCAGAAAGCUAUAAAUGGCUUCUCAGUAAUCUGGUAAAACUAUCAGGAGUUGAGCCUGGAGUUAUUCUUACAGAUUUCGAUCCUUCAAUGUGUCAUGGAAUUGAAAGGAUAUUCAGGAACACGACUCAUCUUCUAUGUCAGUGGCAUAUGAUGUGAAAUUUCAAGAGACAUUUCUUCUAUCUGAGAAAGAAGAGAUCAGGAGCUGCCAAAAUUUUACACCAAAAGAUUAUUGAUACCAUAUUCUGCAGAACUCCCAAAGAAUUUCAUGAGAAUCAAGAAAUAAUUUUCUCUAGUGAUGAUCUCCUCGACCCUCAAAAGAUGGGCUACUUGCGUAAAAUGUUUUCUAUUAAGGAGAAAUGGGCUGCUGCAUUUACUCCAGCUCUAUUCCAUGCAGGAACACACACAAUCUCCAGAGCAGAAAGUGUCAACUCUCAAGUUAAAUCAAAGGUGUUCAGGAGAUCUUCCCUUUGAGACAUUUUUAAAUUAAUGAACGAUAUCAUAGAAAAAUGUAUUAAAAAGAGUGUUUUAGAUCGGACCCAGUGAAAAGAGAAGCAUCAGAUUCAUCAUCCUUUGCUGAAGAGUAUAUACGAAAACUACUCUAGUUUUGCAUACAACCACAUGAUGUACCAGUACAUGCUUUCUCACUCAUUAAUUGUGAAAAAAAUUAGAAGUGAUGGAGACGAAUGAUCUCACUCUGGCCAGUACAUGGUCAAAGAUGUAGACGAUCGGGAGAAAUACACUGUUGAAAUAUUUGAAAGUCCCAAUCCUCAAGUCGGUCUGACAAUCAACUGUAAAUGCAAGUUUAGAGUCACUCAAAGACUCUACUGAGCUCAUAUCCUAGCUACAAUGAAUGCAUGUCAAAUAAAAACAUGUGAGAAGUUUGAGCCAGAAGACCGUUGGCUUGACAAACUUGACAAUUUCCUCCCAGAGCCCGAUAAGACCAUCAAAGCCAUUAGAAACGGUGAAGACACAAAGAAAGAGAAGCACGAAAACUCUCAAGAACUCCUCAACAGCCAAAUCAAAAAGGAAGAGUCAUUUCAACCCCUUGAAGACGAAGACGAUCUUGACUAA